AUGGCAUCAAUCGCCCGCUCAUCCCUGCUGCGGCAGGCUGCUUCGACGACAAAGUUCUCAGCUGCGACAAGGCCAGCCUUCCAGCAGACCAGCAUCGCCAACGCCGUGCGAGCAACCGCCUUCCACACCACAGCCAGGAGGGACCUGCUCCCUCCUCUUCCGCAACGCGUCGAGGGCACAGUGAACGAUGCUUCCCCGGUACCACCAACCUCCCCGUCACACGGGUCCUACCACUGGACCUUUGACCGGCUCGUGGCCGGGUCCCUGAUCCCGCUCACCGUCGUCCCCUUCGCUGCCGGCUCGCUGAACCCGACGCUCGACGCCAUCCUCUGCGCCACCAUCCUCAUCCACUCGCACACCGGUUUCCAGAAUAUCAUCAUCGACUACGUGCCCGCCUACAGGACCCCGCGCGCCCGCAAGCUGUUCAUGUGGGGUCUCAACGCCGCCACCGUCGUGGUCGGCUUGGCCCUGUACGAGUUUGAGACCACUGAUGUGGGCAUCACCGAGACUAUCAAGCGCAUAUGGACUGCAUGA